UUAGUUUUAUUACUCCGUUUUCUUCUGAUCUAUAAUCUUACUGGUCUCUGCUCUGUUUUCGUGGUCUGAUUUUACAUAAAAGUCUCUGUUUCUUCUAGUCCUGUCCGAUCUCGUCGAUCAGCGAUGAUAAUUUAUGGUUUUGUUUUAUGGGUCAACUUCUGAUUUUGGUAUUUCUGAUAAAGUUGGUAAAUUUACUCGAUUCCACUGCCAAAUCUAAUGGGAGCAGCUGAAGCAAGAGCAUUGUGGCAAAGAACAGCGAGUCGUUGCUUUGCUGUUCAUGAAGAUGCUAAAAUGGCUCCGAGGUUAGCUUGUUGCCAACACCACCACCACCAUUCUUCGUCCGAAAAAAGCAGCUUUUCCUCAGCAAGUUUUGGAGAUUCCUCUGAUUUCUCUUCUGAUACCAAAUGGUGGCUCAAGGGAUCAACUGAAUUUGAUGAGGAGAUUACAAACUCCUUUUUUGAAGAUACCACCAAAUGCAAGAAAUUGCAACAAUUUGUCGACUCGAUCGGGAUACGAGAAGAAGAAAAGGAAGACUACAGCUUAACUGGCAAGAAAGCUAACGCUACAACUCCUUGGUGGAGAAGCACGACUGAUAAAGAUGAAUUAGCUCUCUUGGUGGCGUCUAAAUCGAUUGAUCAUAAUAUCCAGAAUUGUGAUCUUCCUCCACCUCAGAAACUCCACAAGAGUAUUCACUGCACGAGUGGCGAUAAAGGGUUUAAAACAGCUGUUAGAUCCCCAUGGAAACAAGGAGUUUGGAGCGAUCGGUUUGAGAGAUCUUUGAGUUACAAUAGUAGCACAGAGAGCAAGAACACGAGUCCAAUGUCUUCUCUUAGAAGCGAUGAUCUAAGCAAAGCUCAGCUUUUAGAAGCGUUAAGGCACUCUCAGACCAGAGCAAGAGAAGCAGAGAAGGCGGCCAGAGAAGCUUGUGCUGAGAAAAACCGUGUGAUAACAAUCUUGUUGAGACAAGCGAGUCAGAUGUUGGCUUAUAAACAAUGGUUAAAGCUUCUUGAAAUGGAAGCUCUUUAUCUGCAGAUGAAGAAGGAGGAUGAGGUAGAAGAACAGAUCAAAGGAAUGAAUCUGAAGAAGAGGAAGCAGAGAAGGGAAAAGAAGAAAAAGGGUGAGCUUGGGAGAUAUAUGAUGGCUUUUGCAUUAGGUUUUAGUCUCAUUGGUGCUGGUUUGCUCCUAGGUUGGACUGCUGGAUGGUUUUUUACCUUGUAGAAUCUUGAAAAUGUCUUUUGUUUGAUCACUCACUGAUCUUUGCAAGAGUGUUUUUUUUUUUUUUAGGGUUUAUAACUUCUUCACUUGGGCUCUAAAUUUGUGUGUAUGUUGUCUUAGUGUACUGUAUGUAUUGUGUGAUAUUUCUGUUAUAGUUCAUCUCUAUAAAAGCUAUUUUGGUUAGGAUCUA